CAAUCAGCUGAUAGCGAGUAGAAAAACAUUGAUUCGUCUAAUUGUUUACAUUGUAAUUUCAUUCUCUUUACUCUGUUAGAUUAAAUUUUCUUCACAAUUUAGUUGUUAAUUCAAUUAGUGACUCUGGACAAUCUAUUGUAAACAACAAUUACAGUUAAUCAAUCAAGCCAAUUAACCUGGUCAACCUAAUUACCAUUGAAUAACAACAACAACAACCAGGAAGGAUUUACAAAUCGUUAUUCAAUUAAUAAUAAUACAAAUUGAAUUGACUGAUAGCUAAAAAAUCAACCUGUUUACUAUUUGUCAAUAUUGAUUAGUUGCACUGAUUGUUGGUGAUUUUAUUUACAAGGAUAACAACUUUGUUCAGAUAAGUUUACAUUACAAUGGAUUCUUCUGGAACUAGUUCAUCGUCAUCAUCAUCAUCAUCAUCUUCUUCAUCAUCUUCUUCAUCUCCAACUUUAUCCUUAUCUUCAUCUCCCUCGUAUUUAGAUGAAACUUUUCGUGAUCGAAGCUCAAGUGAAUCGUCAAUUGGUUCAAAUGAUUCAAUUUUACUCGGCCUACCUGUUACCCUGGUUGAACCAGGAAGUAAAUCAAGACCCUUACGAACCUCAAUUGAUUUAUCAUCAAUGAAUUUAACUCGUGAAACAAUUAAUCAGAAUCUUGAUUAUCUAAUAACUUCAGGAUUUAACGAGGACAAAAAUGUUGACAAUGGUAAAAAUAAUUCAAACAGUGGUAUUGAUAAUACUAAUGAUGAAAAAACCUCCACCUCUUCCUGUGAUGAUGCGGAUAAAUCAAGUGAUGAACAUCAUAAUCUUAAUCAUCACCAUGAUGACAAUUACACUAUCAUAUGUGAACAAGAAUUAACCAAACGAUCAAUUACAAGUAUAAAUUUAUCCAACAAUCAACUAACCAAUUUACCCUCAAGUCUUUCAUGUUUCAUUAGUUUGACCACCUUGGACAUCAGUGAAAAUGGUUUGGACUCCCUUGAGCCAAUGUCUUACUUACCUUGUUUAACAGUUUUGAUUGCCUGUAACAAUAAACUGACCGAUGUCGCCUUGACCAAAGCAAAUCCCUCAAAGUAUAUACCCAAUAUUAAGGUUCUUUCCCUAUCAGGUAAUCAAUUUCGUUCAAUACCUGAAUCCAUAUUGGACUGUGGUCAAUUAAGGUCACUCUAUCUUGGAGCAAAUUGUAUUGAACAAAUACCAACAACAAUUGCAAAAUUGACCAAACUACGUUACCUUUACCUUGGAGGUAAUAAACUGACCACUAUCCCAGAAGAGGUUGGACUUUUAUCCAAAUUGGAAGCUCUUUCCCUCUGUGAAAACAGUAUCACCUCCCUGCCACCCUCGAUUGCCCACCUUACGAGUCUUAAAUCAUUGGCACUUCAUAUGAAUCAAUUAACAACUUUACCCACCGAGAUUGUUAAAUUGCAAAGUCUAACAGAGUUAAGUCUUCGUAAUAAUCCAUUGGUGGUUCGAUUCAUCAAUGAUUACCUUUACAACCCACCGAGUUUACUUGAACUCGCAGGUCGAUGUAUCAAAAUUCAUCGGAUUAAUUAUCCACCCUACAUGAUACCUCGACCUUUAAACCGCUACCUCGAAACUGCUCAACACUGUGUCAACCCUCAAUGUCAAGGUGUUUACUUUGAUUCUCGAGUUGAACAGAUAAAGUUUGUUGACUUUUGUGGAUCGUAUCGUUUACCAUUACUUCAAUAUCUGUGUUCACCCAAAUGUUCAAAAUCGCGUCCAAUUAACGACAAUGGUUCAGAACGAUUGGAAUUAAAUGUUCCCGAAAAUAAGAUGAAACGAGUUUUAUUAGGUUAAUAAAAUGGAUCAAUUAUCAUGAAUGAUGAAGAUUAAUUGUCUUCGAAUAGACAAUAAAUAAACAAAUAUAAGGAUCAAGAUGAACAAUUUAUUUAUGUAAAGACAAAUACGAUAUUAAUUUUAUCAACAAUUUAUUAACUAACAGAAAAUGUAAACAAAAUGUAUCCUUUUUAUUUGAUAUCAAUGAAAAUAUAACUUUCUUACUUUGA